GCUCUCAAGAGCUCGACAAUCGGCGCAAUGAGGGGCCCUUCGCCGCUGCUACGGACGGCGCGCGCAUUGCGCAGCCAGAAUCCGGUGCAAUACGUGUGUUGCCAGUGCCGAGGCAUCCAGAUCAGCGCAACGCCCAGCACUGAGUCGCCGAGAACUGGUGGGGGAGAUGCAUUUGGCGCAGUGGAAAAUCUGCGAGACUCGGCCGAUGCCCGAUUCGAAGUCAUUGGCUCGCCAUAUUCGUUGCUCUCAGUUUCUCUCUCGGCUUCACAGAGACUAUAUACACGACGUGGGACGCUGGUCGCAGUGGCGGGGAAUCCAGACAAUGCACAAUCGACACUGUCGCUGCUAAAUCCUCUCUCCCGAGCUCCAUUCGGAGUCCCCUUCAUCUACCAGCGCAUCUCUGCUACUUCGCCAAUCACGGCCUUGAUCUCUACCAAAAACCCCAAUACCACAUUUUCGAUUCUACACCUCGAUGGAACGACCGACUGGAUGGUGACUCAGCGCAAUGCUCUGCUGGCUUGGACUGGCCACACCCUUUCUCUCUCAUCACGGAUUCAAAGGAGACUUUCGGUGGCGCAUUGGGGAAGCACAUUCGUGACUGGACGUGGCCUGGCGGCUCUAUCGGCGCCUGGGCAGAUCUACCAACUACAUCUAUCUGAAGGCGAGGAGUUUGUCGCCCAUCCUGGUAGCGUGGUCGCAUACUCUGUAACAAAGCAGCAGCCUUUGCCUUUUAGAUUCAAGAGCGCCAGUCUCCGAUUCCAGAUUCCAUCUCUGACGUCUUGGAUUCCCGAAACGGAAUUCAUGAAGAAAGCGCGCGGAUCAGAAGCCUACAAGUUCCUCGCCCGUGUUUUCUACAGCCUUCGGACCAUGACCCGUCGGACAAUCUGGGGUGACCGUUUGUUCUUGCACUUCAAAGGGCCUAGCACCAUUCUAAUGUCAAGCCGGGGCGUGCGCGUCGUCGAUACCCUUUCAAACGAGCAGGUCAAUGAAAUUGCCGAUGCCCAGGCCGGUACAUUAGCUUCCGCGCUUGAGCUGUCCGAUAAGCCUCAAAGCGCGCAGACUACAAAAGAGGACGUUGUCGAAUCCGGAAUCAAGGUAAAACAGACAAAGGAGGAUGGAAAAGUAACAUUUGUGGAUAAAAAAGACCUGAAAGAGUUUGUCUAAAAAAAGGAAUCAACUUGGGAGACAAAAGAAUCGGACGGCGGAUAGAACUAUUGCUUGCGGAACAAGCUUGUAUGUUGUUGUAUAUUACGAAAGUCACCUCGGUGAUUCAGCUAGGUGUCGAGUCACUUUGUUUGCAACACGGAAGAUUUGAUAAAUCUAACUUACAUUUGGAG